AUGCCGGAAGCUCCGCAGUGCAAGACGCGGAGCUGCUCCGUGGAUGAAAGUGAAGUGCCCCUCCUGAGGCGCGUCUCGCAGCGGCUCUUGGAGUCUCUGGGUCGCCGACGCAACUCCUGUCAUGUCGCCCCUCCUGCUUCGAGGACUUUUUUCUAUGUCCCUGCGCCUCUAUCUUUUGUGUCUGUCCCUCUUUCUUCUGUGUCUGCCCCUCUUUCUUCUGUGUCUGCACCUCUUUCUUCUGUGUCUGCCCCUCUUUCUUCUGUGCCUGCCCCUCUUUCUUCUGUGCCUGCCCCUCUUUCUUCUGUGUCUGCACCUCUCAUUUCUGUCUCUGCGUCUCUCCCUUCUGAAACUAUUUCUGCGCCUUCUUCGACUGCGUUUCUUCCACCUACUUCAUCUGCACCUCUCUCUUCUGCCUCUCCACCUCACCCUUCCGCUUAUGUUUCUCACUCUUCUGUCGUUAUUCUCUCUUCUGCCCCUUUACCUCACUCAUCUGCAUCUGUUCUUCUCUCUUCUGCCUCUAUUCCUUUCACUUCUGCUUCUGGUCCUCGCUCAUUUAUCUCUGCACCUCACCGCCUAUCGUUUGCUCAUCUCAAUUUACUUACUGCGUCUUGUUCGUCUGAUUCUGUACCUUCCUGGUCACAUCCUGAAACUCUUUCUUCUUCUUUACUAACACUCAAUUCUACUCCUCACAAUCGUACACUUGGUCUCCGCCCAGCUUCUUCGUUUAUAUUUCCUUCAUCGUCCGAAUUUUCGUUCCUCACUCAUGCCUCAGAACCUCUCACAUCUCCUACAUUGGUGAGCAAAAUUACCAAAAAGAAACAUCCUUCCAAUUAUUUCAAAAGAAAUUUCCGUGGAUCCAUACAUAAAACGAGAUCUUGUGAGGACGUUUUGUCACGUUGUAGCGCCACAAGUCCAAGUCACGCUGAUCAUCGGACACAGUUGAACGAUUUUGAUGAUUACAGAGACAGGUACAAUAAUGAAGGGUCUCAUUGCUCAAAUUUAACGUUUACUGAGCUCCAGUUAUCGUCAUUCGAAAACUCCGAGGGAAUCUCUGAAGCAUCACAGCCGGUAGAUGAUUCUUCUUUGUCAUCGUCCGCAUCCCUGCUCGUUGAAAUUUCCUCUUGCGAAAAUGAGUUUCUUCCAAAGCGCACUUCAAGAAAAAAUGAGCUUCCGUUACUACGUCGAAGAAAACUUGGCGUUUGUGGAAGUAUGAUCGACACUUCAUCUUCGUGUUCAACUUUGACAGAACCUCGCACAUCUCAAUGGAGGCUGUUGACUAGAGAGGUAACUAGAAAAUUAUCUCCUGACCCCUCGUCAAUGAUUGAUAUCAGCUACAGUAACUCGCCGAACGAAAGCUUUGCUCAUUUCGGAAGUUCAACUCUUCGUGCGGAUGAACCAGCAUCAGACAACUACCGGAGUGGCGACAAUGAUUCAAGUGAACAUUCUAUUCGCUCUCAAAAUCGCGGUCCACAAUAUUUGAGAGUUUUGGAUAUGUUAACUCAAACUCUGUCCUCUCCGCCGUUCGACGAUCACCCUUCGGGCUCCCGGUAUCAUGCCAUUUCUUCUUCCUGCCAGACUGAAAAAACUGAGGUACGUGAGUUCGUCUCUAGGGCUUCUGACUCAUCCCAGACGGUGAGUAAAACACCGUAA